CGAAACCACUCUUUUUGUAAUUUUGAUGUUUUGAAGAAAUGUCGUCGCCUGUCUGGUGUCUGUUUGCCUGCAUACAAUAAAAUAAAUAGGUUUCAUUCAAAAUUAUAAAUAAUAAAAUAAAAACAUGUAGCAGAAAAAUCAAAUUUUCAAAUUUCAUUUAAAUCAAAAGAAAAAUAACUUCUCAACUCUACAAAAAAUGGCCAGCAUCUAUUCAUACACACGAGAAGCUGUUCGAGUUAAAGUCAAGAAAUGUGAACCAAAUCUUCCACCCGAAUGGAGAAAGUUCUCUGUCGACCCACAAAUCACAUCCCUCGAUGUCUUGUACAGCAUUUUAGCCAAAGCAUUCGAUAUCAAAUCCGACUUCUCUAUCAAAUACAAAGCCUUCGAUCCGGCUGGCAAUGAAAUCUACUUGGCCGUAUUGUCUGAUUGGGAUUUGGAUGCAGCGUUCCUUCGCAUCCAUAAUCUCUCCAUUCAAACGGCCACCGAACCUUGUCUCAUUCUGCAAAUCGAUAUUAAACCCUUUACCGAAGUACGCGACUGGGAGGCCGAAACGCCUCCGGCUACCUUCGGUUCUGGGGCUCGUGAGAUUAUCCAACCAAUUCAACAGUCGAUUGGAAUGAGUCAAAAGUAUGUUCAAAGUAUGCAAACCAAGUUGCCCGGUUUGAUUAUGAAUCAAAUGGAAAAGACUUUUUCCAUUGUACAAAAGGCAUUCAAUAUGAAUGAUGAACCGCUGUCUCAGCUUCCACCACGUCCUCCAUUGUCUGACAGCGAGUUUCGUAUGUUUCUCGAUCCAGUUGGACAGAUUUUGAGACAAGAUGAACUCAGGAAGGUUAUUUUUUUGGGUGGAAUUGAUCCUAGUUUGAGACGUGUCGUAUGGAAGCAUAUUUUGAAUGUCUAUCCAAAUGGAAUGAAUGGUCGAGAGCGAAUGGACUAUAUGAAACGCAAAUCCGACUACUAUCUAAAGCUAAGGGACACUUGGAAGACCGCUGUGAAGCGAGGCUGUGUUGACAGUGAGCUGUCCUACGUCACCAGUAUGGUGAAGAAGGACGUCCUUCGAACAGAUCGAUUGCAUCCGUUCUACGCUGGCAGCGAUGAUAACCAGAACAUUGCUUCACUCUUUAAUAUCCUUACGACGUAUGCUCUGAAUCACCCAUCGGUGAGCUAUUGCCAGGGAAUGUCUGACAUUGCAUCGCCUCUGCUAGUCACCAUGAACGAUGAAGCACAAGCUUACAUUUGUUUCUGUGCGAUUAUGUCGCGGGUGAGAGUGAAUUUCAUGCUCGAUGGAAUCGCAAUGACCCAGAAAUUCAGUCAUCUCACUGAGGCAUUGAACUUUUAUGAUCCAGAGUUUUAUGAGUAUCUUAAACUACAGCAGGCCGAUGAUUUGCUGUUUUGCUAUCGAUGGUUGCUGUUGGAACUCAAGCGAGAGUUUCCUUUUGAAGACGCCUUACGAAUGCUCGAGGUGCAGUGGAGUUCCCUUAAAUAUGAGUCCUUGACUGGUGAAUUGGCUCUCUUCGAAAAGGAAUUUGAGCCGAUUUUGCCAGAGGAACCACCACCUGCAAGUCCAUCGUAUAUUAUGGCAAAGCCUAGAGAGAAUCCAUAUACCAAAGUGUGUGCUUUGCGUCGACAGAGUUCGUCGGUGUCGCUUAGUUCGACUUGUUCAUCGCAAAAUCUGUCAACUUCUUAUACAAAUUCUCCAGGUGGUCGUUUGGAUGGUACAAAGCGUUUGAAUCAGAGUAUGGAUGAUAAUAUUGCCUCUAGAAGUACACGAAAAAAUCGGAAUGUUUCUAAAGCACAUCAGAGUUUAGACGAAUCGAAAAUGAUGAUGUUAAUGGAACAUAUGAAUGAAAAUGAACAAAAAUUUUAUCCACCAAGUGAGUUUAGAAAUUUCGAUGAAUUCCGAGAAGCAACUAUAGAAACUGAAGAAGCUACCGCAGCUGGUGGUAAUAUUGAUGAUGAUUCUCAGGGUGAAGAUGAAGAUUUUGUUUUUCAUCCAACAAAUCCAUUUAUGGAAGAUGCUACAAAACUAAAUGAAGAUCCAGAUGAUUCUAUAUCACCACAAGCUGUAAUUGAUGGAUCUAUUAAAAAUGCCUUUCUUGAUAGCACUGAUACGGCAAGUGAGGAUGGUAAUAGUGAGGAGAAGAGGAGAAUUCCAAAGAGCAUUAUGAAAUUGCAUAAUAAGAAUAUUUUUUCAAAUUAUAAUGCUGUUAGUAAUAUAAUUGCUAAACAAAUUACAAGUUCUAGUGGAUUGGGAGGAGGAGGAGGAGGAGGAAAGAGAUCUGGAGGGGGUCAUUUUAAGGAACUAAAGGAGAAGAUAGUCGCAAAUAAAAGAGGGGCAAUUGGAGGAACUCACAAACUUGAACGAUCCAAGACAACAUCUAUUAAUGAAAAUGAGACUGACAAACCAAAUAGAGGACAGCAAAAACUCAUAAAAAAUUUCAAUGAAUUCCUAAAUUUAUCUUCGAUAAAUCGAAAUCGCAUGUCAGACAACAAGCAUUCACCAAGUAAUCCUCAGCCAGCUGCAGCGGCAUCUCUACGAAACGAUAACAAUUCACCUCUAAAUCCGCUCUUUAAACUAAGUCGCGGAAUAUCCUCUGUAGAAGAUUCCGACUCUUCUACAGCAGAGACUUGGAGCGAUCCGACAGCGCAUAAUUCUUCUGUUUCGCCGGUGCCUAAUGCUGUUAAAUUGCAACUUGAUUUGAAAAGAGAUUUCCAAGAUUUUCCACAACGUAUUGCCAACGAUCCAAAUAUAACUCCCGAUGACAUUCAAGAUCAAGAAUAUUAUCCAAUGACCACUGCAAUGACACGUGAAUUACGACUUGAAAUGGAAAAUUUAGAUCGUCAAGUCUUUGGUCCAUCGGCGAUCAUUGUUGAACCACCACCAAUUAAUUCAGAUAUUGAAUAUGAAAAACUCGACAGAGAUUCAAUGGAUUUGGUUGAGGAUCUUAAAGAGGACGAAAUAAUAACAUGUCCCGAUAUAAACGAAUUAAUUGUUCGCCGAAGAGAACGUGAUGCUAGAAAUUUUGAUGCUGCUCAACGGAUUAGUACAUGCAGCAGCACAAGAUCAGAUGUUUUUGUUUGGGAGAAUCCCUUACAUCAGAUUUCAAAUAAUUCAAGUUGUAAUUUCAAUGAAAUCAUUGAUCCCAAUGAAGCAUCUGCUCAACUUCCGCCAGCAGUGCAACAAUAUGAAGAAGAAAUAUUCCAAUUUGGCACCGAUUCGUCGGAACCGACUAAUGCCGAACAAAUGAUCUCAUCAAUUGAUAAUUUGAAUCCUUUCAUUGAAACGAAUGCUUUUCCAGUCACCUCAACAUCUGCACCUGAAUUACUUUUAGAAGCACAAUCAAAAUGCCCCGACGUAGAAGUCGAAGAAGCCACUACAGCUGAUAUCACAUUCUCGAAAACAACCUCGACCAGCAGCAAUCUCCUACCACCGCCUGCUGAAUUAGGUGGAGGUCAUCCAUUCCUUAUAUUUUUAUGUCUAACACUUCUACUGCAACAUCGUAGUCCGAUUAUGAAGAGUGGAAUGGAUUAUAACGAAAUUGCUAUGCACUUUGACAAAAUGGUUCGAAAACAUGACGUCACCAGAGUGCUGAAUCAGGCCCGUUGCAUGUACAUAGACUAUAUAAAAACUCAAAAUGCGCAGAGUAACUUGCCUGGAAAAAAUACUACCACCGCCACCAGCAGCAGUAGCACUUUCAACUCCUCGACGAAAUCUUAGACAAAAAUGCACAGAUUCACACAAUUUUGUUAAUCAACAAGAACAACAACAAAAGCAGCUAGCUAGCUUGUACACUUUUUCCCAAAUUCCAAUUCAAACUAAAAAAUUAUAUUUAAAAAAACACACCAUCACUACACACACAACUAUUAUUAUGCAUUUAAAUGGAAAGAGAAAAAAAAUAUAUUUAUAUUUAAAUCAAAUUAAAGUCUGAUCGCUUGUUAUAGUUUUCAAAAGAGCAAAAAAAAAAAAAAAUAAACAUUAAAAAUAAAUAUUAUACAUACAUAGCUUUAAACCUAAAUUAAAAAGAAUUUUUUGUAAGUAAGCGCAUGGUUUUUUAAAUCGUGAUUAAACUUUAAGUUUUUUUGUAUAUUUGUUUUGUUAAAAAAAAAACUUGUAAGGUAAAUUAAAAGACAUUUCAGCUUAAACUAAAGAAUAUAAUUCAAAAUUAAAAACUAGUUUGAUAUUUAUUUUUGUCUUUGUCUAAUAAUUGUAAAAGUACUUAAUAUGUCGUUUUUUUUUCCUUUUUGUAAUAAU